AUGGCGGCACGGAGUAGGCCUCGUGGCGGGCAAAUCAAAGAUGAGAUCGACGAAGAGCGACACCUGUGGAACACAAUCCGGGCCGAUGGACGAAGGUUUGACCAGCUCAUGGCUCAAUCCGAUAACCUUCAAGAAAAGAUACUCGAGCUAGCAGGUCAACAAGAAGCCCGUAAAGGACGCGGUGAUGCGCCCUCCUCCCGCAUCGACAACGAACUCGAUGCUGCCCUCCGCGAGAACAUCAAAUUGAGCGAAGAAAUGCUCACCCUCAUCAAAUCCGAUCAAGGCAACGACAUUUGCGAGCAGCUCACCGUCCUCUCAGCCCUCCGCUCUGCCGACACCGAUAGCUCCACCUCCCGCGCCACCAACCCCGGAAAGUCACGGGAUCGCGGCCAGAACAAGAGAAAGCUCACCGAUGCCACGGAUGAUCGUGAUAGCAUUGCUGCCGAUAGUCCCGCCGUGCCGAGUCCUAAGGUUGUUCUCGGUAAGGACAGGGACAGGCUGCUGCCAAAGGGCGGAGGAAGUAGGGCCGGUAGCGUACCCGCGGGCAGGGAGAGCAGUGUGAAGGUAGAGGACGAGAAGGAUGAUAUCAAGGGUAAGAAGAAACGUUCUUCUAUGGUCACAUACUCUAAGAAGGGCGAGACGAAACAGCGCCUCACAGUCCACACCGAAGUCCUCUACCGCGCUCCCCGCUCGCGCAACGGCCCCGUCCAACAAGAAGGCGAAGGCACACUCCACCGCAUUACCAGCGUGAUCGGCGAAGGCAAACAACGCCGCUACGAAAUCAUCGAUUCCGACCCUGACCCCCUCACCCCCAGCAUUCCCUUCCGCGCCUCUGUCGCCCACAUCGUGCCCAUCCCGCCCGCGUCCUUGAAUCUCUCUCUGCCGAGCCUAGAGGCGAAGAAGAAUGUGCUUGCGUUGUAUCCGGGGACGACGACGUUUUAUAAGGCUGAGGUCGUGGAUGGGUGGAAGAGUGGGGAAAUGGGAAGGGGAUGGAAUUAA